ACUCCAGUCCAAAAGAAGACAUUAAAAUAUCUAAAAAAAGGAAAUGUCUUGAAGAGAGUCGAAGUCAUUUAAUGGCAAUAUAAUAAAUGUUUUAAUUAAAACAGAGUCUGCAGUGGUAACAUUAACAAAAACACUUAAAAAUAAAAGCACCUUUAAAAAGGAUUGGUGCAAUAGCGCUUACACUGGCAGAUGUAAAUAAACGAAUGAAUCGUGAAACAAUGUCGGAGAUCACCACCAUGUCGAAAUUAAAUCAGUGUUGUUUAAGCAAAAUAAAGAACGUGGCGAUGAAGAAAUUUGCUCCAACACAGUUAGUGCUCACGGUAAAUAAGAAAGAUCUAAAUAAUAAUACGUCUUGUACAGGGCUUUGCAAUAAAGAAGUACUAACGAUACCAGUGGAUAUACCAAAGGCGCCGGUGAUAGCCCCAGCUUUCCAUAAAGACGAUCUCAAAUUAAUACUCGAGAAUCAGGCCUAUAUCAAUAACUCCUUAAACAUUCCUGUAUACACCAAUAUUUUACCAGCUAUUGUACCAAACCCAGUUUCAUUAUAUGGCCAACAAAUCUAUCCUAUGCCUGGCUCAGUGAUUCAACCAGUUCUUACACCAAUAGUCCCUCAAUUACCCAUUCAUCAAAACGUUUCAAAUAUUCCUGAUCUCACAAAUGAUUAUGUUCCUGAACAGCAAGUAUUAGAUGCUAAGGAUAUUUAUAAUGCUGAAACAUUUAUGCAAGAAAAAUUAUAUGAAGAGUUGGAUCAAAUAUAUGUUGGUAAUCAAAUGAAUUGUGUUACUAAAGAUGGAUUUGGUGACCCUCUAGAAGUGUAUUUAAGUUUACCAAAGGCAAUAUUUCCUAGUGCAAAUAUGCUGGCGCUUGAUCCAAAUCCAAUUAUAGAUGAAUUUUGUAAGAUGCCUAAUAUGCAGCGUCAUGCACCGUGGUUGUUGGAUUUGGAAUUUGGUAUACCAAAAACUGUUGUAACUCGUCCUUUACCUGUUUACAACGUCAAAUUAAAUAGUAUUAACUGCAAGAAUACCCCGGAUGCUAUACACCCAGGCUUUGAGAGCUGUAAUCCAGAUUUUAAACGGGUUAUGCUAUUUUAUUAUGACUGUGUGGUGUCGGCGUGGUACAGAGGUUACAUGACCAUAACUUUGGAUAGAUCGGUGGAGAACUUUCAGAGCUGGUUGCUACUACCAAUGCAAGUCCUGGGGAUGUGCUGGUCUUAAUGUAUGCUGCAUGUUGUGAGUGUCCUUAUCGUCAUCAUCAGUCAGCACAGGUUCAGUUGCAACUGGAUAUAGGCUCUCCUCUUUAAUUGUUUUAUUAUUAUGUUUUGUAUUAACAUAAGUUUUGAGAAUAAGGUUUAAAUUACCUCCUUAAAGCCAUAAUGAUUUUUGUUUGAAUAAAUUCUCAAUUUUGC